AUGCGAACCGCGCCGCCGCCGCCGGCCAGCCCUAUUCCAUCUGCUUCCGGCCACCGUCUCUCAUCUAGGGGUUAGGUUUCAUGGAGUUGCGCUCCGGUCUCACCCUCCGUUCGGAGCCACCCCUCGGAUCUCGCCGCCCCUGCGGGCCGCGGGCCGGCCAAUGCGGCGACACUGACGGCGUGGACCACAUCAGCGGCCUUCCCGACGACCUCCUCCUCCAGGUCCUCGUCCGCCUCCGUUGCGCCCGCGCCGCCGCCCACACCAGCCUGCUCUCGCGCCGCUGGCGCGGCCUCUGGAGGCACCUCCCCGAGCUCUCCUUCCGCGGCAUCGCGCCGGGCGCUCUCGAAACCGCCCUCGCCCAGGUCUCCCGCACAGAGCUGCGCCUCCUCGAUAUCGAUGUCCCCGAGCACCACAGCUACUCCGUCGCAGGCGUCGGUUCUCUGCUGCGCACCGCCGCGCGUCUGGCGCCCGUGGUGCUAAGCCUAGUAUUUCGCGGUGACAUGGUGGGUCGCGACAUCCCCGUCGAUCUGUCCAUCUUCCACCGUGCGACAUCGAUCAGUCUGAAUGUGACCAAUAGUGUGAGCUACCUCCGCCACACACUGCUGGCACCGGGCGGUGAGCUCCCUGUGCUCGAGAGGCUCUCUAUCUCAGGCUGCCACAUGGGCAUCAUAGACACCGGUGUCCUGUUCCGGCGGUGUCCGCGCCUGCGUGUGCUGGAGCUGCACCGUUUCUGGCAUUUAGGCAAGGGCAUGGUCCGUCUCCAUUCGACGACGAUUGAGGAGCUUGUUGUGGCUUCUGACUGGUGGAUUGGGGGUAUUGACAUUGUAGCCCCUGCGCUAAAGAAGUGCACCAUGGAUACCUGCAUGGGCAAGGAUUUCAAUGUGUCAUUUUUAGCACCUGUGGUGAAGGAUAUCCAUUGGCGCUGCAGGUGUGCCUUCAGGAAUGUAGCAAUCAGUGAGAUGUGGCGCCUGCAUGAGCUGGAUUUAUGGAUGGAGGAGAGCGUCUGCGGCCUAGAUUUGACAAUUGAAAUUCGGGACAUCCCAUUAUAUGAUGUGGUCCGGGACUUGAAGCAACAAAUAGCCCAGCUUCCUAAAUUUUCUGUUUUGAGGCUACAUUUGUUAACAUGGGGACAUGUUUUUGGUGCUAUGGUGUUGAACCUACUUGGGUUUUGUGCUGGCAUACAAAGUCUUAAGUUGGUCGUACCACGAAACGAGUCUUCACUUCUGUCUCAGCAUGAAGCAUGCCCCCCAAAUUGCCCUUGUGAUGGACCAGAAAACUGGAGAAAUCAGAAUAUUUCCUUGAUGGCUCUCGAAGAAAUAGCGAUAGAAAAUCUGGAAGGAAGUGGGCAUGAAGUUGACUUUGUGAAACUUGUGUUCAGAUGCGCCCCCCUGAUGAAACGAAUGACCGUGAAACUGUCGCCUAAGGUCUUACCAGGUGACAGUGGGUACAAGGAAAUCUGUAACAUAUUCAAGGCGAAGCGGCCGUCUGUAGAAUGCUAUGUCUAUAGCAGUUGCGGUGAGCAGGUUGUGUAUGCAUGAUUUGCUCCGGUGCUUAUGCUUGUGGGCGUAAUACAAGAAUGAUCCUGAAGCUCUUGUCCUUUUGGAGCUCGAGCUUGUACUUUGUAGAUGGAGAACCAUGUUUCGUCUUGCUACCGUAUUGUUGCAAAUAAUCGGUUAGAUGCUUGUAUCCCAAUUGUGUGCAUCGUGUAUCCGUAUAUGCAGGAUGGACUGCUGCCAAAGCUGUUUGUCUCGUCGGUUGAAUAUAAUGCUGAAAUUAUAUA